AUUUCCGAGCUCGCUUUAUUUCUUUUAUUAUUUCUAUAUCAUGUUUAUCAUUGUGCCAUGUGGUCCUCGUAUUCAUAUUAUCUGUACACAUAAUAAGCCUUAUUAGGCAACGAUAUAUCCGUAUAAAAAUGAAAUGUAAUAUAGCUAAAUUUAUCAAUAGAAAGAGCAAUUAAUUUUGCAAUUUUACACCUCUUUUUUAUAUAUUUACUUUAAAAUAUCUUCAAUGUUAUUCCAAACAAAACGUUUAAAAACUCCUAAGUGUUUGUUAAUGUGCAUUAUGGCAUCGUUAGUACUUUGUUUGUAGCUCUUGUUUCCAUGGCGAAAGUCUUGUUCGAGAAAAAUCCAAUAUCGAAACCAAUUAACACUGGUAGGCAGGUCACAUGACAGGUCAAGAUUUAUUGACCAAGAUAAGAAAAUAUUGUWAAACAGUCGUCAGAAAAUAUCGAACGACGGAAAAACACAACAAGGGCUGCAGGUGAUUUUGAAACUUGGUGAGUAAAAAAACAUCUGCUUUGUCUUGAGGUACUGUUUAGAGCUAUAAUUGUAAUAUGUAAUUGUAGAAGAUUAUAUUAGCUGAUCUUUCACUCAAAAUACAGAAAAAUAUAAUUGGAUUCGCUAUAGAAAAAGGUGUUUUAAAUUGACACGUUCGGAAAAUUAUAAUAAAAAGGUUAAGUCUUAACUUCAAGUAAUUUAAGCGAGCGAACUUAUUCAACUUCAGGCCUUUAUUUGUACUACUAACAACAGCAACUGGCUUAAACUCUCUCCAUGUCUUUAAUGCAGCGGUUUUGCCCACAGGGCUAUUGUAUYACUUUAGGCCUUGAAAACUAUACAACACACUCUAAACCGYGAGCUAGUGUUAUUAUUGAGUCAAUGCUUAUCAUCUUUCUUCGAUAAACAGCACAUUCCGAGAUUCUGUCGUGGACGACUUUUGCAUACUGCUUUCUUACAAAAACAUGCAAAAUCAAAACCAUUAUAACACUACGAAUAAUAUCUAGACAGCCGUCACAGAUUCCUGAUCGAACUGYACAUUGUAUCAGCCAAGAGACAAGUAUGCCUGCGAUAAAAGGGCCAAGUGUUUAAUCUAAAUGCAAUCAGUCGGAUCGCUUCAAGGUCAGUUUCAACAUUAUAAAAAUAGYAAUGAUACCAAAGUUAACUUUAGCCGCCAUGUUGGACAUGUAAUAACAAAGCUGYGGAGAGCCUUUGUUUCUAAUCUCUUAGCAUCAGCUCUUGAAAAAAAAAGAUCUUUUCCACUCAAGUAGCCUGGAAAAAGCUCGAACUGACUUUUAUUCUUUGCUAGAGUUCUAUCGCUAGACCCCAGCCCACCGUCAGUGCGGGCUAUCAYUGGUUUCAAUAUGUCAUCAAUUCAACAUGGCGGCAACUAAAACUUCUUGAUCGUUUCAUCAUGCAACARGAAUGGCCCAAAACUGAAACUUUUAAGCAUUUAAACGCAACGGCUGGCGGUAUCUUUUGGUUACGGUUUGUUCGAGUUAAGUGGUUAUCUUAAAUACAACUUGAAGAAACAGCUCGGAUUAAAUCAGAUGACUUUGUCAUACACGGCUGGGGUACAUUGUUGGGAAAGUGGCUAGUGGAUGUACAUAUGUGCUAGUGGGCAAUGAGUACAUUAGCCAGAGGGAGAAUGUAAGUCAUAUUCAUGCACGCGCACGAACGAGUAACGCCUGACUGUUAUCUGUUUUCGUUUUGUUYGCAUACUUCCUGGUAGGCAGAGUGAGUAAAAUUGAAGCGAAAAAUCGAGAGAAACUCAAAAAAAAUAUUAAAUAUUGGAUGACGUCAUAACGGAGUGGUCGUAUUAAGCGGGUKUCCGUAAGGCGAGGGUUUCAAUUUAUAUCUAUAUGACGUGGACUGAACUUCACGUCACAGUGCUUCCACGAAAUGCAUUCACACGGAUCAACAAGAUGAGCUUGUAAUAGUUGAUGCGUUUGAUGCGACCCUWUCUACAAUGCCUGAGAUCAUUAUAAAGUUUAAAAACAAAAUGGCAAUGGCUUAUGCAUGACAAAAACAAGUCUUGAAUCAAGACGAGCGAGGGCUUGAUUUGACAGCAGUUGCUACUACUUCGCCAUGCUGGUGUCGUAUAGAUUAGUUUAGACUUACUACCUUAAAAUAUCGAGAUAAUAAUCAUGAUCUGACUCUUCAUCUCACCGACUGAAAGAUCCUUGCGUUGUCAAGUCAUCCUGAUGCCCAUAGCAUUAAAGUACACGUUAGAUUGUUAUUUUGGCAGAUGACUUUGAUAGAUGGUAUUUGCACUGAAUGAUUUAGGCUGGGUAUUUACAAGAUGUUUCACGCCCAGAAGCAGGAAGAUGAUAGAACCAUUGCAUAUAGAAAACAAGGUCUCACUGAAGAGAUCACAAAAAUAGAAAAGGUGUGGCGCCUCAUAAAUUUCAUGAGCUGUGUGCAUGAGACAAAUGAAGUGCGAAAACUUGUAUGGCACCCUAUUGUGGGCAACCUCACGCGAUAUAUGGUCUACAGCGACAGCUUCUCAGCCGGCCAGCACCAUCCGCCAUUUGAUGGAGAUUUUCGUCUUCUCAGUAAACUUCUGAAAUGUAUAACAUUUGUUCAAGACAUGAAUCAGUGCACUAAAAUGUCUGAAAUUCUUGGCGACAAAGCCAAGUACGUCGUAAAUGAGGUUCUUGGAAAACCGAUUUUCACCGGUAGCGCAGAAGAAGGUCUGGCAUUAUUUGGCAAUGAGCAUCUUGAUCAGCAAAAAAACUAUGACCAAUUAGAUUGCAAACUUCUUCAUGAUAUAGAUAUCAUGUAUGAGUCUCAUAAAAUGGUGRCAUACGAAAUUGAUUCAUUUUUGCAGCCAUUGGAUGCAUCUGGAAUUCUCCAUGUCCUGAUGCGGCCAGGGAAAAAGGCCGGUUACGUCACUUUACAGAAAUACCUUCCAAGAUUGAUUGCUACAGAAAUAAAGUAUGUGGAAGUUGUUAAAGUAURUCCUAUGCUGAAAGAGUACGUUGACCAAGAAUGUGUACCGAUGUACGUUCCAGCUCUAGCUUUCUUGGUUGCCUCAGAAAAUGACGUUUUACCGCAAGAUUGCAGUUGUGAGUUUACAUAUACUGACGGAGGAUUAGAUCGAAACAGGUACGGUGAUCUGUGCGAGGACUGUAAGCGUCUGUCACUAAGAGAGAUUCGUAGGGGAAAAGGUAUACAACCAACUAAAAUUUGGUCUGAUACAGUCAUGAUCAAAGGACCUGCAAUUCAUGAAAAUGCCAUAAUCGAAAAUGAUUCUGACCCGAUGUCAGCUACUGCUCCUUUGAAUGAAAUUGARCGWCAAGAAAGAUGUAAACUAUAUGAAAAGGAAUAUGCUGKCAAACGUACUUAUACUGUUUUACCAACCGCAAAACCAGAAUUAGGAGAUCUAUUUUCAUCCUCGGAACGUAAAAUGAUUUACAUAGAUCACGUUCCAGCCGUCAAGUGCGUCAAAUGGCCCAGUGCAGCCUGGGAAUUCACUGUGCGCGAGAGACCGAGUGGAUGGCCACCAAAGAGCGUGAUACAAGAGAUUGUGGCAAAAGGUUGUCACGUUGUUCCAAGAAGUACAAAACCUCCUCCAGACACGAAGAUGAGACAAACGUUUCAUAGUCUUAUCAAUACGCCUMACUACGUCGACUGGCGACUAAGCUUUUCGCUGGCAGAGAAAAAUUUGGCUUCARCUUUGAAUACGGCACAGGUAAAAUGCUAUACAUUGUUGAAAAUUUUAAAUGAUAAGGCGAUAGAUGAUCUUCGUCGAUCCAGGGAUGAAAAAGUUUAUGAAAGUUUUCAUGUCAAGCCGUUUGACCUGGACAGUUACUUUUUGAAAACCACAUUCUUCUGGGUGUGCGAAGAAAUUCCUCUCGACGAAUGGAAGGAUGAUAAUUUGGGAGCAUGCUUCUUCAAAGUUGUGGARAAGCUUAUUCUCUUAUUGGAAAAGGGGACAAUCCCAAACUAUUUCCUCCCUAGCAGUAACUUGAUUGUGCCAAAUAGCGAGAUUAAUCCAGAAUUUAUGUUAAAGAAAGAUGCACAUGAACUAGCUUUUUAUUUGAGAAUGUUUAGAGCUAAAACGUCAAAUGAAAUAUUUGAAUUUUUGCACAAAUSUGUGUGGAAUGAACUGUGGGAAGGCUCAGAGAUAAAGCCGCCAGGAUGCACUCCUCAGGAAUUGACAAUGGUAAUGGAGGCGUUGAGGGAAGAGAAUCAAGAAAGGUGGGAAGAGCUUCAGCGGAAUCAGAAAAAAGAGCAAGCUUCAACACAUUCCAUAUCAGAGGAUGCUGAUCUUUCAAAGCUCAAAAACGACGUCGGAGAUGAGGAAAUCCCCAAUGCUGAUCACAAUUACGGAUCAGAGAACGUCGCAACAACGUCGCCUCCUUCCAUUGAUACCGGCGCAAAUAUAGAGUCCAAAUGUAUAAUUUCCACUGAAGAGAUUCAAGCCAGUUCUGAAUCCAUAGAUGAUCAGUGCUCCCAAAGUGUAGAUACCAGAGCGGAUGCCAUUCAAARGAUGCCUAAAUCGGAUGUGGUUCUUGCACAGAUCUUUGCAGCCAUUUCAAARUUCUUGUAUAAAAAUGGAAACAUACAUGGUAAAGGUUUCAACACUGCACGUGCAGCAUUUUAUGAAGAUGAAGCGAAAAAGCUGCUUCCUGAGGGAUGCUCACUGGAUGAUUUGCCCGAAUACAAACUACCGGUCACUUCGGCGUCAUCGUCUGACUCCGAGUAUGACAUGUCUGAUACAGAAUAUGAGGAAUAUGAGGACGAGGGGCCUYCACCGAAUAUAGAACCGACAUAGAAACUAUUUAUAUUGGACGAUUUGAUUUUUAAAAAUCCAUGGUCACGUGUUUUGCAGCUGUCACCAGCUCUCAUCGAGUGUAUGUAUUGGAGAUUGCUUUUCAAUCUCAUGAUUAAGUGCCUCAUCGGUACGAAAAAACUCAUAGAUCGACAAUCAAAAAAUGGUAAGGGUUGCAAUUCAUGAUAAUUUUCCGAGUACUUUAAGCUCUGAUUAUAUUAGUUAGCAUGUUGGCCUUUGAUCAUCCUAAAUGUGCAGCUCAGUUUUAUUUUUCUAGAUGAUAUUGUUGCCGAGAGCAACACAGACUUUAAGUUAAUUGUAUUGUAGUUUACAAGUGUAGUUUUUAAGUUGACUCAAAACAUAAAUAUGGUGCAAGCUUCAAGAGUAAUUUUAAGGCAAAUAUAGGGGUGAUAUCAAAUAAAGCUUAYGAUGCUGA